UUUUUUUCUUUCAAUAAUAGUACAGUUUUAUAUCGUCUGGAAUUAUGUGCGAUUUUCUCUUCAUACCAAUUUUUUGCGGAACCUACAACCAGGUUCAUUCACUAGGACGCGAACUGGUGGUGUGUCCGCGAUGCCACAACAACGCGAUCCAAAGCAUGAACCGACGCACCUGGUUUACUCUAUAUUGCGUUCCGAUAUUCCCCAUAUCGCGCAAGCGCACGCUGCUUCAUUGUGAUAUUUGCCGAUGGGAGGGUGCUCCUACGCCUAUGGUGCAGGUCAAUCAGGAGCAAGGCCGCCAUCGGAAUCGAGAUUUGAAUUCUGCCGAUAGUUUGCAAGGUUUGGAGACAACAGCUACGCCGCAGCCGAGGCCUGAACAAUUCCGCCCUGUGCCGUAUUCACAGGAUGAUUACCUGCCACCGCCUCCACCAUAUACCAAGGCACUAGAUCCGGCUGCGAGAAAAAAUAAAACAAAAAAGGCAAAGCCAGGCGCAAAAGUGGCGACGUAAAAUGGCUCGCGUGUCGGUUUAAUUUGUGUUUAAAAUGUUUAAAAUAUAUUUUAAUGAGAAAAUGUUUAAAAA